AUGAAGCAAUCGAGAAAAUCUGCCAAAGUUGCUUAUCAAGGAUUAAAGGAGUCAGUUAAAUUUGGAAAGUUUGCUGAGAUUGAAGACACUCCUGCUGUUGGUUCAAUAAAUGCUGAGGUUGCCGACGAACACGUGGCACCCAAACCAAAGUUUCAAUUCGCCAUUGAAGAGAUUGAAUUAUCUGAUGAUGAAAAAGAUCAAGAGGAUCAAGAAAAUGAAUUGACAGAAAAAGAGUUUGAAGACUUUAUUCAGCAAAGUAUCUCAAACCCAGAAAAUGAUGCAACUGUCACACCACCGGUUGUGACUAAAAGGGAAAGUGACACAACGGUGCAAUCUUCCAUAUCGACACCUGAACAUAUGGAUGCUCUCAUAGUAGAAUUUCAAUGA